GGUAGAGUGGUAGCAUGCAGGAGGCCCUGGGUUCAAUCCUUAGUGACACACAYACAAAAAAAAGCCACAAAAUAUUGUUUCAAGACUCUGUAAAUCAAAUGCUCUCAUCAAAAUUUUUAAUAGUAAUAUUUCUUUUGGGAAAGCCAUAGUUAAAAGUUUGAGACAGAGAAAGGUGAUGAAACACUGUCUCUGAGUCUUGCAAACAUCUUUAAUAAAAAUACUCUAUUAGUUUAAAUAAAACUGAGAACAUAAACUAGAUCAAAGUUUCAAGACUUAUGUCAUAACAAUAAUGCUUUUAUAAUAAUUAUUAUUUCCCUAUGAUGUUUCAUAUUUACUUUAUGUAUGCCAAAAAUACAACAAAAAGGAAAAGAAAUCCCUGKAAACAAAAAGAAUAUAUAGUAAGGUUGCAGGAUACAAGGUUAAUAUAUAAAAUUCAAUCACUUUCCUAUAUACCAGUAAGGAAUGAGUGGAAAUUGAGAAGCAAAACUUGAUACCAUUUACAUUAGCACUCCCUAAAAGUAAAAUACUUAGAGCUUGUUCUUCUGCCCCUUGGUGUACGUGUGUUCUUUCUUGGGGAUCAAACCUAAAGGCCUCACAUGUUAGGCAACUGCUUACCAAUGAGCUACACUUCAAUUUAAUACUUARGUACAAUCUCAUCUUAGGUUACAAAUCUAAGUAUGUAUAAAAGCAAAACUACAAAACUCUGAUGAAAGUCAUCAACUAAAAAAUACAGUAUAUUCCAUGUUCAUGAAUAAAACAAAUAUUGUCAUUGUAAUUUUUCCCAACUGAUCAAUCCCAAUCAAAAUCUCAGCAAGUUAUUUUGUGGAAAUUGRCAAACUGGUUUAAAGUUUAUAUGGAGAGGAAGAAAAUCUAGCUAAUACAAUGUAGAAUAAAAACAAAGUCAAAGGACAGUCACUACCUGACUUUAAUAAUCAUGACUAUGUAGUAAUUAGUACCACAUUGGUAGCCUUUAUUAAAAACAGUAUGGCGUUUCCCCACACACAAAAAAAUUAAAAAUAGAAUGACUGUAUGAUUCAACAAUCCUACUAGUGAGUAUAUAUCCAAAGGUACGAAAUCAGUGUCAAAGACAUCUGUUACCAUGUUGAUUGCAGCAUUAUUUACAAUAGCCAACAUAUAGACUAAAUCAACUUGUGUUGAUAUAUCAGCAGAUGAAGAAAGAAAAUGGGGUUUAUAUACACAAUGAAAUACUAUUAAGCCUUAAAAAAAAAAAAAAGGAAAUCCUAUCAUUUGUGAUAAGAAUGAACCUGGAAGACAUUAAGUGAAAUAAGCCCAGCAUAGAUGAUUUCACUUAUAGAGAGARAAAAAAAUCAAAUUUAUGUAGACAGCAAACUGGUGGUUACUAUAGGUUAAGCGAUGGGACAAUUGUGGUGAURCUAGUUAAAGACCAAAAUUACAGUUACAUAGGAAGAAAUGAGUUCAAGAGAUAUUUUUUAUCUCAUGGUGACUAAACAAUAUACUGAUAUAGUUGAAAACUGCUGACAGUGUUCUUGUUACAAAAUAAAAUGGUAUAUAUGUGUGAUAUAUGCUAAGUAACUUGAGUUAGCCAUUUUCAAUGGAUACACUUACCAAAAUAUCAUGUACAUCAUAAAUACAAAAUUUUUGCCAACUGAAAUGAUUUUUAAAAUACACUGCUGUAACACCAAAAAAAUAAAUGAAUGUGUGGAACAGAAUGGAGAGACAACAGACCCACCUAGAUACAAAGGAGCAAAGACAGUUCAGUGGAGAAAAUAGUCUUUUCAACAAAGGGUGCUGGACCGGACAUCACAUGCAAGAAAAAGUGAAAUGAGAAAGGCUCUCUUGAAAGGUUGCUAUGAACAUCAACUGUUGACAGGAACAAAAAUGUGCCCAGCUAGUUGUUUUGACACUUAUUUUCACAUAAAUACAAUGAGUGCACCUCUAUAUCUCUAAGUCCCCAUCUGCAUGUUUCACAAGACAUAAAUUCAUGUCAGUCACUCCAUCACUCUGGUCCCGUCAAUCCUCAGUAGGGUGCGAUAUUGAAGGGGUCUUCAGAGACCAGAAUUUUCAUGAUUAUGACUCCAAAACAUUCAGGAAUGACAAAAGGUAAAUAUAUACACUAACAUAAAAGUAGGCAAUCCGGUUUAUACAUAUUUAUCUUCACUCCAUUUCUAUGAUUCACAGUCCAUUCAACAAAUUUCAACCAACCCAAAUCCCAGAACUUUCUUUAGUUCACAUAGAUGAACAAAGCCAAAAUUCAGACUAUUUUGUCCGUGGCUUAGGAAUACCUACUGUAAAUUAUUGUAGGUUAGUCCACUUUUAUGAGUGCAUAACCUAAAGCAGAUGGUUGAAAUGUCUGCUUUUCAAGAAGGGUUAUUUAAUGUAUCAUUUAGAUUACCCUGCAGAAAUGUCAUGGUUUGUUUUCCUGAAUAGCUGCUGAGCUUGCUUUUAACUGACAAACAUGGUUAGGUUAACUUCAACGUUGGUGAGAUUCACAUGUACUAGUUUCACAUAUCUGUAAUAACAGUACUUUGAGCCUAUUUUCCAGUAAUUAAGACUUUAAGCCAUUGCAAAUUCAAAUAUGAGAACCUUGUCACUAAGAAACAGAGAAAACCAUUCUCCCUUUUACAGUUUUGCCUCUUUUUACACUAGGAAACAAGUCAGCUGACAAACUGAGGUGUUCCGCCUCAUCAAAAUGCAUUUCAGCCCAAGCUUGAGCAGCAAGGACCUCCAGAAAACUCUCCCUGUCGGGCUUCUGGACUCCUCAGCCAUCUUCCCUGUUUCCAAAUAGUGAGUUGGUUAGCAGUUGGUUAGCAACUGCCUUCUGAGGACCUUCCAUUUCCCACAUGAUCAAAAUAUAGAUCCCCCUGAGCCACCACUGCCCACAGGAAUAUGCCUGGGGUCUCCAGCCACAAGAGACACUUUAGAACACACUGCAGGACACCUACCAUCUGUAUACAGGUUCACACUGUGUGGACAGGUUUAUGUAUAGGUGCCAAGGGAGACUUCACUAGCUCAACAAAGCUUGAUACCUUUACUAGUGUCACACUGUCAUAAGCAACAGGUGAUACAAAGGAGCCUGAUCUAACUAAAGGCAACCCCUACAACACAUACUGCAAAACAGGACAGGAAAAAAGGUCAUUCUGGGCCAACAAAAUUAGAGAAAGGUAAACAAUCCUAGUUAGUUUUCUCAUCUAAAAACCAGUGACGUAAUUCCUGUUACAGCAUUGAGGGAGAAAUUAGAAGAUAGUGCUAGCAGAAACAAACUCAAGACAUGGUAGGCUAGGCAUUCUAAACCAAAUUCUGUCUAAACUGACAGGAACAUGUUCAUACCAGGACUCUUGUUCCUASACUGUUCAGCCAGGCUAGGAAGGUGGAGGCAAAGAGGGUCAGGCAGGGGCGGGUCCCUGGGCGGGACAGGCACUCAAGUGAGGCCAAGGCCUGGAGACAGCCAGUUCCUGGUGGUUGUUGGGCAGCUCAAGACAGCUCCCUGCCUCACCAGCCAUGGUCCUCCCUCUGGCCUGGAUCACUCAGUACUGUCGCCUUCGCCUCCUAUUGCCCUUCUGGGUCCUGGGCCCCCAAGGAUCCCAAGGGCGCUAUUUCCAGAAUCCCAAAAAAAGCAUGGAAGAACAGACCAGCUCCUCAGUUGGUGGGAAGAUGAGGUCACCUGCCAGGGAACCUUGGCCCCACCACAAAGCUGAGCUGACUCAAGCUGAAGAGUUGCUGGAGCAGCAGCUGGAGGUGUACCAGGCCCUACUGGAAGGGCAGGAGGGAGCCUGGGAAGCCCAGGCCCUAGUGCUCAAGAUCCAGAAGCUGAAAGAACAGAUGAAGAGACACCAAGAGAACCUGAGAGGACAUGCCUAAGCUUCCCACAAGUGCCCGCAUAACCCUCCAAAACCAGAAAUACUGCCCAGCACCCUGCAAUGGGCCCUUUCAGAAACAUUCCAGCCCACCAAAAAAUGAAGACAACUCUACAAGGGUCCAAAAAACUGGAAAGUAGUUGAGGAGCCAUGGCCU